GUAACCUAGACUACGUCAAGUUGCUGCGUCAAUUGUAGUUGACGGUAGAUUUUGUGCUUCUUAAAUGUACAAAGAAUAAAUAUGAUGGAAUGAUCGCUUUACCCGCAUGAAAGGGUCGUCAAGUGCAAGACUACCAGCGUUGAAUAAGACUUCUUCUCUUGUUGCAAGACAAUUUGUUGUAGCUAACCCUUGCCCAAAGAAAAAGAAUAAAGAAAAAGGAAGAAAAUCAAGAGACAAGAAGGAAACGAAAAUGAAGACAUUUCCUCACGACUGCGACACCAUCAUACGGUCUAAGCAUGAAAACGAUAUCAUUUGUAAAGGUAUCAAUCCGACGUCCAAACUGAAACUUACUGUAAAUAUGCCUGAUGUUGCAGACAACUUUUUGGAGCAGAGGAAGAUGUCCGAAAUGGAAGCUUUUUUCAGACGGAAAAGAGAAAACUAUAUGGAAAACCACCCGCCUCGUGAAUCAAGUGUCACGAGUUUGCAAAAACGUCGUCUGCUUUCCGCAAAGUCACGUGAUCAUCUGCUGUCACUUAUGCCAACAAAAGAAGUGUCUAAAAAUUGUAUAAAUGAAGACUUGGUGAUAUCAGCCAAGCAGGGACUUGAUAUGAUCAGACGGCAUAACAGUAAGAAAGAAACUAGAUCUAGUGAAUUAAACAAGUUUUAUAAAGAGUCAAAGAAAGCAUCUAAACUAAGAGAUCUUGUGUUUGGAGUUCGCGACAGAACGAACAACAGUGUUGAAACCACAGAUCACAUGUCUGACCGUGACAGCAGACGGCCUUACUUUUUGGCGCCAAUUUCUAUGACUCAAAAUGAGUUGAACGCAGUACAAAAACAGAUGAAAGCUUAUUUUGCAGAGAAAUUUAAAGAGACUGAAAGAAACGAUAAAGGCGCAAAAUUUGUUUCAAGUACGAUUGAUACAGAAAAACCCGUUAAAGACAAGAACGGUAACUCCAACGACUUUGACUUUUAUCUGUGAUGUAAUGAAUAAAAGAGAAAAUGUAGUAAAAUUGUGUUUAUGAAA